GAGGAGGAGGAGGAGGAAGAAGAAGAAGAAGAAGAAGAAGAAGAAGAAGAAGAAGAAGAAGAAGAAGAAGACGACCACCCACUUGUGUCUUCCCAAUAUCACAGACACUCCUCGCCGGGGCGAGGAGAGGAGCUCUCUCUCGACCGUCGCCGGCCGGCGCCAUGGACGCGUCGAUCGAAGACCCGAGGCUGUCGACGUCGGUGGAGGUGGUGUUCGCGAAGCAGCCGCUGCCGGAGCUCGGGGCGCAGGUGACGCUGAGGUCCAUGGCGCUCUCGGUGGUGCUCGGCGUCGUCUUCUGCUUCGUCGGCCUGAGGAUCCAGGUGACGGCCGGGAUCGUGCCGGCGCUCAACAUGCCCAUCACCGUGCUCAGCUUCUUCCUCCUCAAGUGCUCCGUCAGGCUGCUGCACAAGGGGGGCCUCACCACGCUGCCCUUCACGCGCCAGGAGAACAUGUUCCUCAUGACCUGCGUCGUCACCUGCCUUAACCUCACCGUCACUGGUGGGUUUGCAACCUCUCUCAUUGGAAUGACCUCUAUAGUGGCAAAAACACUUUCUGAUGAUCCAGAUCCAAGAGAUGUUGUUGACAAUGUACCAACAACGAAAUGGAUAUUAUACUUUUUCCUUAUUGGUCUGGCAGGGGUAUUUGCUAAUAUACCAUUUACCCAGGUCAUGAUUAUCGACUACAACUUACUAUUCCCAACAGGAACGGUCAUAGGACAACUUAUUAAUAGCUUUCACACUCCUGAAGGAGCUUAUGUGGCAAAACUGCAGGUUAUGGCUAUUUUCAAAGCAUUUUUUGGUAGUUUUACUUGGUCUGUGUUCCAAUGGUUCUAUACCUCAGGCAAUGGUUGUGGAUUUCAGAACUUUCCAUCGUUUGGACUAGGAUUAUAUAAACGCAGGUUCUACUUUGAUUUCUCUGCAUUAUAUGUUGGUCUAGGAAUGAUUUGCCCACUAAUGGUAAAUCUUGGGUUACUGUUUGGAGCUAUUGUGUCUUGGGGAUUCUUAUAUCCUUUCCUUGAAACUAAACAAGGACAGUGGUAUGAAACCGAAAGCCCUUCGAGUUUGAAAGGAUUAAAUGGAUACAAGGUGUUCAUCACCGUGGCACUGAUCGUGACUGACGGGUUGAUAAACUUUGUGACGCUCAUCACUUCAGCCGCCAUAAACUUCUACCAGAUGAGGCAAGAAGGUGACACGUCGGGGCUAGCCAACUACAUAAACAAGCUGCACCCCAGCCUCAACUAUGACGAGCGCAAGAGGAUCGAGGUGUUCAUGGCCAGCCGGAUCCCGAUCGCCGGCCCGGUGGCGGCCUACGUCGCGUGCGCCGCCGUCACCGCCGUCGCCGUGCCGGCGAUGUUCAGCCAGAUCCGGUUCUACCACAUCGCCGCGCUGUACACGGCCAUGCCGGUGAUAGUCUUCUGCAACACCUACGCGACGGGGCUCACCGACUGGUCGGUGGCGCCGACGUACGCCAAGUUCAUGGUGUUCGUCAUCGCGGCGUGGAUCGGGCGCCCCGGCGCCGUGGUGGCCAGCCUCCUGGCGAGCGGGAUGACCAUGGGGACGCUCCACAUCUCGUCGCAGGCGAUGCAGGACCUCAAGUCGGGGCACAUGACGCUGGCGUCGCCGCGCGCCAUGGUCGCCGGGCAGCUCUUCGGCGUGGCGCUCAGCGCCGUGGCGGCGCCGUGCAUCUUCCUGGCGUUCCAGAGCUCGGCGAGGCCCGGCGCGCCGGUGGGGUCGAAGGAGUCGAGCUACCCGUGCCCCUACGCGGGGCUGUACCGCGCCAUCGGCAUCAUCGGCAUGGGAGGGGUGAAGGAGCUCCCCAAGUACUGCCUGGAGUUCUGCCUCGCCUCCGUCUGCGUCACCGUCGCCAUCGACGCCCUCGUGCUGGUCUCGCAGAUGAAGGGGUGGAGCGUCCACAGGUACAUCCCCAGCAUGACCGUCAUCGCUCUGCCCUUCUUCGCGGGGCCCUUCUUCACCAUCGACAUGUGCAUCGGGAGCCUGCUGCUGCACCUCUGGAAGAGGAUGGAGGGCAGCAGCGCCGCGCUGCUGUCGUCGUCCGUCGCCGCCGGCCUGAUGUGCGGGGAAGGGCUCUUCACGCUGCCGUCGGCGAUGCUCAACAUGUUCAAGGUGCAGCCGCCGAUGUGCAUGAAGUUCUUGGCCGGUGGGCAGGAAGUCGAGGUGGUGGACUCUUUCUUGAACAGUUCCAAGACAUGAUAGAUAGAUGCACUCAGAUAUACUACUAAUUAAUUAUUAUCUUUGUAAAUAAUGAUGCACAUAUUUUAAAUAUGUCAUGGAGCAUAUAUAUAUAACAUGUGAGCGAGCUUAAUUGGUUUGCAACAUGUAAGAGAUGCAUGAUAUAGUUCAGUUCCACGGUAUUAAGUUCUAAAAUGAAAGGCAUUAUAUAUUUCACAAAUUUCAAUCACUGUCAUCUGAUAGGCACUAUU